CGCAAUCACAUUCUCUUUCCUCUCUCCAAAGUCGCGUUCACACACUCUCUCCCUCUCUCUCUCUCUCUUCAAUGUAACAACCCUCCUUUUCUCUCUCUCUCUAAAACCCUUUUAGUUUAGUGGUGUCUUCCAAUCGUUUUCGUAGAACCAGUUCACACUGCUGCUACUCACCCACUACACCACUGACCUCUGUUUUUCUCUCUGCGAAACUACCAUCUCUGCAUAUUCAACCCUAUAAAGUUUUGCAGUUAUUGGUCCAUUUUCUCUCCAUUUUUAGUUGCAUAGGAUUAUGAAGUAACUACUCUACUCUACACCUCUCUUGGAAGAUCCAUCUAUGUGGAGAAAUCACCCAUAGUCCUCUUUAUUCUCUCUCUCUCUCUAUAACUAACACAUUGUUGAUAUAUAUAUAUAUACAUAUCGAUAUAUAUAGUUCUCAAGGAUUUGAACCGAAAUGGAGAGAAAACAAGGGUUCUUUGCGGCUCUAAAAGAAGAAGUAGUUCGAGGUUUAUCGCCGGCGAGGUCACGUGGAAAGAGUCCAUCUCGGAGUGUGUCGCCGAUGUCCGGCCUGUUCCGAAGGAGGAACAGCAAACACUACGUGGCGAAUCCUGAGGCGUUGAUCGCGAGAUCGGGAAGUUUGAGGCCGGUGACUGAGACAUUAACGCCGUUGAUGGAGGGUCCGGAUCCGGAUGAGGGAUUCGGGGAUUCUAAGCGGGCCGGGUCAGGGUUGGGGUAUUGGGUGAAGGGACAGCUCUCGAGGUCUCCCUCGGUGGCUUCCAAUGGGUUGAGGAGGUCUGAUCUCAGGCUGUUGCUUGGUGUAAUGGGUGCCCCCCUCGCCCCGGUGCACGUUAGCACCACUGACCCCUUGCCACAUCUCAGCAUCAAGAGCACUCCUAUUGAAACGUCAUCUGCCCAGUACAUAUUGCAGCAAUAUACAGCUGCAUCCGGAGGGCAAAAGCUCCAAAACUCAAUUAGAAAUGCUUAUGCCAUGGGGAAGGUGAAGAUGGUAGCUUGCGAGUUUGAAACUGCGACAAAGGUUGUGAAGAAUAAGAAUGCUGCUAGAGCUGCUGAGUCAGGCGGAUUUGUCCUCUGGCAAAUGAAUCCGGACAUGUGGUAUGUUGAGCUUGCAAUUGGGGGAAGCAAAGUUCACGCAGGCUGCAAUGGCAAGCUUGUCUGGAGGCACACCCCUUGGCUUGGUGCUCACACUGCAAAAGGGCCUGUUAGGCCCUUACGUCGUGCCCUUCAGGGCCUUGAUCCAAGAACCACUGCUAGUAUGUUUGCAGAUGCCAGGUGCAUAGGUGAGAAGAAGAUUAAUGGAGAGGAGUGCUUCAUCCUUAAGCUUUGUGCUGACCCUCACACAUUAAAGGCUAGGAGUGAAGGCCCAGCAGAGAUCAUAAGGCAUGUCCUGUUUGGGUACUUCAGCCAAAAGACAGGACUUCUUGUUCACAUGGAGGAUUCCCAUCUUACCCGCAUUCAAUCCAAUGGCGAUGAAGCUGUUUACUGGGAAACAACUAUAAACUCUUUUGUAGAUGAUUACAAGCCCGUUGAAGGGAUAAUGAUUGCCCACUCAGGCCGUUCUGUGGUGACCCUUUUCAGGUUUGGCGAGAUGGCACUCAGCCAUACCAAAACAAGGAUGGAAGAAGCCUGGUCAAUUGAAGAGGUUGCAUUCAACGUUCCAGGCUUGUCACUAGACUGUUUUAUCCCCCCAGCUGAUUUAAGAUCUGGAUCCAUCAGUGAAACCUGUGAACUCCCUCAUGAGGAAAGGGGAAAGAGUGCAAUUUCGCUCGCAGCUCAUCGGGCUAGGGUUGCAGCAUUGGAGAAAACACGAGAGUGCAGCAGGGAUAAUUUGGUUUGGAAGGUGGAAGUCUAACAAAAGAUAGGAUCAAAUUAGGGUAAUUGUUUAUAUGACAAGGUAGUUGCUAAUGGACUAACACAUUGUGGGUUACAAAAGUAGGUGUUAGGUUGAUUGAGGAAUUUAGAAGUUUGGGUAAGCCUCUGUUAAUCUGUAAAUAGAGCAUAACCAUUCACAGGUCCUUUCUGAACCUGGAUGAAUAUUUAUACUCUCAGUGCAGAAUCCAACUAUGGAGUUGGUGCUCGUGCUUCCCAGUGAUGGAUGGAGCAAAUGGAGGUUUCUUUUUCGAAUUUUAGCUUCCAUGGAUGGAGGAAGAUGGUGAAACUUUAAUAGCAGAACCAUUGUCCUUGAAAUUUGAUUCUACUAAUUUAUUUUGCCUUAUAUGUAUACGGCUGUGGUGGUGAGAAGAACACUGCUUCAAAGAAUAGACUUUAAAAUCUUACUAGCUCUUUAAUUUGACGGCAUUUUUUGUGUGUCAUUUUAUUUGAUAG